AUGUCACCCUUAAUUAAUUUUUUUAUUAUAUUUUUUAUAGGUAUAAUUAAUUGUGAACAACAAUCAGGCAAUCCACGUUUAGAAAUUUUACCAAGACAAGAUAUCCAAAGAAAACCAGUAGGUAAAUCAUUAAUGUUAACAUGUAGAGCAACAGAAGCAGAUUUAAAUUUGGUAACAGAUUUACAAUGGCGUGAUCCACUUAAUAAUACAGUAUUGGCAAAAUCGGACAAAUACAUACCACUAUAUGAUACCACGGGUCGCAUCAGAAAGAAUCUGACGUCGUGUUUGCCUUAUGCAGAACAAAAUGAUGCUUCAAUUGUUGGAUUGUCACCACCAAUGUAUACAGAAUUAUUACCAGGAGAUAAUUUAGCUCUUAUCAUUCCGUUCCUUCAAGAUUCAAUGGCUGGACGUUAUUAUUGUUCAGCAUCAUACGCAAAUAGUAAUUUAUUACAAACAAGUGUACAAGUUGAAACUUUCGUCGCUAUAACAUGGAUAGAUGCUCCAGAGAAACAAUAUCCAGUACUUGGUAAUGAUCAUAAAGUUAGAUGUAAAGUAGAAGCUAAUCCAUCGCCAACAGUCGACUGGUUACGAAAUGAAGAUCCUAUAAGAACUGGAGCCAAAUAUGUUAUAGAACCUGAUGGUCUUUUAAUUAAAAAUGUUCAAGAAUCUGAUGAUGGAUUUUAUACGUGUCGUGCACUUGUAAUGCAAACCGGUGAUCUAGAUGAACGUCAUAUUCGUGUUGAAGUUUACAUAAAGCCGGUAAUACAUGACCUUAGACCAGAAUUUAAAGCAAUUGAAGGUCAAUCAUUUUCGGCCUCAUGUAAUGCAACAGGAAAACCUGUACCAGAAAUAUCAUGGAUAAAAGAACAAUCACAACAAAAUGUUGCAACAGCUGAUCGUUUUCAAGUUGAUUCACAAACUGGUCGUUUAACGAUAACAAAUGUUGAGAAAAAAGAUCAUGGCGUUUAUACAUGUAUGGCAAGAAAUGCAGCUGGUCUUGCAGAACAAGCAACUAAAAUUAGUGUACAAAUAAAACCAGAAAUAUUUGAAUUAUAUAAUAGAACUGGUGUACAGGGUAAAGAAAUUGCAAUAACAUGUAGAUCAAAAGGACGACCAGCACCAGAAAUAACAUUUAAAAGAUGGGGUAGUGAUGAAGAAUUUGUAAUUGGACCGCAACCAGAUGAUGAUAGAAUUAUUUUAGAACAACAUUUUGAUCAAGAUGCCGGUGAAUCAUCUGGUACAUUAAGAAUUACAAGCUCAUUAAGAACUGAUGAUGGCUUAUAUCAAUGUAUUGCUAAAAAUCAAGCAGAAACAGCAUAUAAAACUGGUCAUAUAACUGUUGAAUAUCCACCAAAUUUCGAUCAUAUGAAAGAUUAUCCACCAGUAUUUAGCUGGGAAGAACGACCAGCAAAUUUAAGUUGUUUAGCUAUGGGUAUACCAAAUGCAACAAUUGAAUGGAGAUGGAAUGGUCGUAUAGUUAAAGAUUUAGUAGAUAAAAAUUUAGAAAUAAUUGGUACUGGACCACAAAGUAGUUUAAUUGUUAAACCAGUAGCUCGUCAUUAUUAUUCUGCUUAUAAAUGUAUAGCAACAAAUACGCAUGGUGUUAAAGAAAUUGAUAUAUUAUUAAAAGAAGCUAGAUUACCGGACUACGUUCCAUCUGCACGUGUAAAAGUUGUUACUGCAACAACAAUGACAUUUGAAAUAAUAUCACCACCAACUGAAAAAGGUCUACCAAUAUUAUCAUUUAAAGUACAAUAUAAAGAAGAAAAUGGUUUAAAUGAUUGGAAUAAUGCACCAUCACGUAUAUGGUCAGCUGAUAGUCCAUAUAUUGUUGAAGGUUUAAGGCCACAAACAUCAUAUAUAUUUAGAUUUGCAGCAACAAAUAUGGUUGGUACAGGUGGUUGGGGUGCAACAGUAACACAAUCUACACCAAAACGUUCAGCACCAGAAGAACCAAAAGUAUUACAUUCACCAGUUAAUGAUGAUGAAGCUGAACCAAUUGUUGUAUCACCUUAUUCAGAUCAUUUUGAAUUAAGAUGGAAUGUACCUGCUGAUAAUGGUGAACCUAUUGAUUUUUAUCAAGUAAAAUUCUGUCCGGGUCAAAAAAUUAGUGGUACAUGGAAUGAAAAUGAACAAGAUUGUAGAUCACGUGAUGUCAUUGAAACAACAACAUUUGAAAUGUCACAAUUAAGCGGGAACACAUAUUAUCGUAUUGAAUUGAGAGCACAUAAUGCAAUUGGUUUUUCAACACCAGCAAGCCUAUAUAUGAAAACAGCACGAGGUUCAGAUACAGUAAUAAUUCGAGAAGAACAAGUUUUAUCAUCAGCAGCAAUUGUUGGUAUAUCAAUUGCUGGUAUAAUUAUUUUAUUAAUAAUUAUUGAUUUCUUCUGUUGUCUAUUAUUGCGUACCGGUGUUUUAGCAUCAAUAUGUAGAAAAAAGAAACGUUCACCAUCGGAAUUAGAUGAUGAAGCGAAAUUAGGAAGUCUUUACGGCUGGCGUUUUCCACUACCUUAUUGCAGUGGGCAAAUGGUUAAGGAGCCACCACCAUCACCAUUACCAUUACCGCCACCAGUUAAAUUGGGUGGAUCACCAAUGGCAUCACCAUUAGAUGAAAAACAACCAUUAAAUACACCAACUGGUAGUAUUAAAAAAAAUUCAUCAGUUGAAUUCGAUGGUAGAUUUGUACAUUCAAGAAGUGGUGAUAUUAUUGGUAAAAAUUCUGCAGUGUGAGUUCCAGAUGCAUUUGUUUUUUACUGGCAUCGUUUCUAAAAUAUUAUAUAAAUAUAUACCUAUAUAUAUAUAUAUGUGUGUAUAAAUAAAUAUAUAUAUGUAUAUAAAUAAAAAAAAAUUAUAAAAAAAAAUUAAAAAAAAAAACAUUAUUUUACUGUAAUAAGGGAAAAAAAAAAGUAAGAAUUGUA